CUUUACUCUCACGCACGAGGGACAGAGCGUCGACCUGGUUUUCUUUUCGCAAACACCCAAUUCACCUUCUCUUCGUUUCUCAGCGUCCAGCACGCCCAUCUAAUAGACCAUCGAAUUUACAUCGUCCUGGUCGACGACACUCCUUUGAACCUUGUCACUCGCUACGCAAGGCCGGAAGCAAACCCACACACUCUCUCCCAAGAUGGUUCAAAUCAACACAUUGAGCGCGGCCUCGCUUGCGCUGUUCGCCACCUCCGCCGCUGCUCUGCCAUUUCACCUCCCCUCGUGGAUGAAGGUCGCUCGACAGAGCGAGAACGAGCCAUCAGCACCACAAUUCCCCAACCUCUCACCUGGUCCAAACGAAGGCGUAUUCCCAACCCAAUGGCCAGCUCCUACCGGCACACAACCCGCCGUCCUCCCCACAGGCACUGCCUUCCCAACUAGCCUCCCACUGCCAACAGGAGUUCCAUCUCUUGACACAACAGAGAACAACAACAACGUUGCCAAGCGCGACGCACACCCGCAACACAAGAAGCGUCAAGACCCCUGGAAGCCCGGCGUCUUCGUCAAGCAACGCGACGAGCAAAUGGUCAAGCGUCAAGGCUUCGCUCUCCCAACCGGCACAGCCAGCAGCGGCCUCCCCGCCCCAACCGGUGGCUCCUGGUCUUCCUACGACGAGCCUCAAGAACCUCAAGCUAAGCAAUUCGGCGGUGCUCGUCACGGCGGCUUCAAGCCUCACUGGGGUGUCCAGGAUCCGGUCUACUCGGCUCCUACCCCAACUGCCACUGCCGCUCCUGUCCCUACUGGCUUUUGAGCGGCGACUGAAGAGAACUUGAAGCAGUGACGACGACGCCGUUACGACGCGACUGAGAGAGACCAGGGCAACGAUCUGCUAUCCUUCCCCGCAAUUACAUUGAAUGUCUUCGAUGGGCAGGCGCUCCGAAGCUGGAAUUUAUGCGGAGAAGGAAUGCUGGCUGGCUUGCCUGUUCAUCUACCCAUUGAUUGAUUGACCUACUACCACCACCACCAUUUAGCAGAACCCAUAGCGCAUUUGUAAACGUCGAGCGACAGUUUUCUAGAUAGAGAGAUAGGGUGGAAAGUGGAAGUGAGGGCAUGCAUGCAUCCGUAGGUGAUGCCGACGCAAACCUGUUUCUCAACAACGCG